AUGGAGGAUGAUGGCGCCAACAACGGAUUCCUCCGACCCCUAUCCCAGCCGGCAUUGAACUCGAGGUUUCCUUCGCUACGACGCCUGAACUCCACCGAACCCUAUCGACACCGUUCGUUACCUGCUGAACCCUCACCUGGCUCCGACCGUGCCAGCAGUGAGAUUACCUUCGCUGUCCUUUAUGAUGAUGGCCCAGACUACCAUGUCGGCCGAUAUGACGAUCAGGGGUCGAUGCGGUCUCAUCAACAACGCGAUUCGAUACAGUCCUACGCGCCGUCCUUCCGAACGCGAGACUCGAGAAUAGUCAGCGACGACCAUUACCUCGGCCGCGACCAAGACUUUGUAGCAAACCAGAGAUUACUGGCAGAAGGCUAUCUCAACAGCAAUGAUUCCCUGUACGACCAGUCAGUUCCUCGUUAUCCUACCCAGUCAGAAGAGACGUUAGCCAUGAACACACUACAUAAUUCAUAUCCGCGAGAUGAGAAGAGACCGUUGUCACAACAAAUGACACCUCCGAUGGACCGAGCGACGAGUAAACAUUCACAUGAGUCCUGGUGCACGUGCGAGGAGGAUCAUGGUCAUGGCCAUGGCCACGGUCAUAGCCACAGCAUGUCAGACAGAAAGGACCCAGCCAAGUUUGAUCUUGAAGCCCAGAACGGGCCUGCCACACCCACCCCCUUGCUACCCAAGGAGAAGCCUGGUGGUGGCCCCGGGGGCCCUGGCGGUCCAGGCGGUCCGGGAGGUCCCAAGAAGCCAAAGGAUCCAUUCGAUGUCACAUUCGAGGGUCCUAAUGACCCGCUUAACCCGAAGAACUGGCCGUCCAAGAAGAAGUGGGCCAUAACCAUGCUCACAGCUUCAUUCACAUUCCUGUCACCUCUUGCUUCCUCGAUGAUUGCCCCCGCCUUGUUCCAGAUCCAAGAAGACUUCGACAUCAAGAGCGACUUUGAGUUGCAAAUGACUCUGUCCAUCUUCGUCUUGGCCUACGCGGUCGGUCCUAUGAUCCUGGGGCCACUCUCCGAACUGUACGGGCGUGUCAUCAUCCUUCAAUCCUCCAACAUCUUGUUCCUCGCUUUCAACACAGCUUGUGGCUUUGCUCAGUCUUCCUCACAGCUCCUGGCUUUCCGCUUCUUGGCCGGUCUCGGUGGAUCUGCUCCACUAGCCAUUGGUGGUGGUGUCCUGGGUGAUCUGUUCAAGCCUGAAGAGCGUGGAAAGGCCAUGGGUAUCUACGCGAUGGGACCUCUUCUCGGCCCCGCCAUUGGUCCGAUCGUGGGAGCCUGGGUCGCUGAGAAGUCCACUUGGCGGUGGAUGUUCUAUGCCUCGUCAAUCGUCAACGCCUUCAUCCUGGCGGCCGGCUUCUGGAAACUCAAUGAGACCUACGCUCCUUACAUCCUGCACAAGAAGGCCAAGAUGAUUCGCAAGCAGACGGGAGACAACCGUUACCGCGCAGAAGGCGAAGGUGAGGUUGACCAACCAGUCUGGAAGAAGAUUGUAAAGACCAUGGUCCGGUCGUUUGGCAUGCUGUUCAGCCAGCCCAUCGUCCAGGUCUUGGCUCUCUACAUGGCUUUCUCGUACGGAAUCCUGUACCUCGCUCUCUCCACGUUCCCCAGCCUGUACAUGAAGGUCUAUGGAGAAUCCGUCGGCAUUGCUGGUCUCAACUACAUCUCGCUCGGUCUCGGCUUCUUCAUUGGCGCCCCUCUCUGCGGUAAAUCUGGCGACAAAAUCUAUCGCAAGCUCAAGGCCAAGGAUCCCCGGGGCCAGGGCAAGCCCGAAUACCGUAUGCCAGUAGUCAUCCCCUUUUCACUCUUUGUGCCCAUCGGCCUCUUGGUGUACGGAUGGUCCGCGCAAGUCAAAACGCACUGGAUUGUGCCCAACAUCGGCUCCUUCCUGUUCGGCAUUGGCACGAUUGCUGCAUUCCAGUGCGUUACCACGUACCUUGUCGACACCUAUGCGCGGUUCGCCGCUUCCGCCGUGGCCGCCGUCACGAUCUUGCGAUCCCUGGCCGGUUUCAGCUUCCCGCUCUUCGCCCCCAUCAUGUACAAGGCCCUCGAUUUCGGCUGGGGUAACACGGUGCUCGCACUUGCCGCUGUCGGCAUCGGCAUUCCUGUCCCUAUCCUCCUCUGGCUAUUCGGAGAGAAGCUGAGGAAGCGCAGCAGUCUCGCCAGCAAGGGGCCUCCGGGCGGCAGGGGCCCAGGAGGUCCUGGAGGCCCAGGCGGUCCGGGUGGUCCCCCAGGCGGCGGUCCUGGGGGCCCUGGCGGUCCGGGCAUGAAAGGUCCAGGAGGACCGCCCGGUGGUCCCGGCGGCAAAGGACCGGCGCCGAGCGGGAAACCACCCGGCUAUACGCAAUGA